AUGCCUUUAGUUUUUGAGUUUUUUACUUCAAUUACUCGCCCCAUUAAUUUUUUAAAUCAAAAACAAUUCUUAUUUAUUGCUCUGAGUUCUUUUCUUUCAAUGACUAUAUUUUGGCAAAACAACACUUUGGCAUUAUACGCAUUUUGGAAAAUGAUUGAGUUAAUUUAUUACAAAUUAAUUUGUUCAAAUAAUUUACCAAUAAUUCCUGGUGGAGAUGUGCUUCUUUUCUGUACACUUUCUAGUUAUCUUUUAGGCCUAGCUGUUUUAGAGCCUCAUUUACUUCGUCGAAAUUAUUACAAAUUUUUAUGUUCAGCGACGGGAAACAAGUUUUUUUGA